AAAACCUUGUUCAAGAAACUCAAAAGUCAAUAAAAGAGUGCUGGACACCAAUGUCUUGUAGUUUCUAAAGUCAAGACCACUUGUAGUGUGAACAACGUGUUUCCAUGUUUACCUCUUUUCUUCCCUAAGUGAUAUGUUUUGAUAGAAACUGUUUUUUUUCAAAUUAAGUUAGGAAAAUAGGGACCUUUGCUCUUUUUGUUUACUGAUAGAAAAUUCUCAAAAACAUCAAAAGAUACGAGGAUUAAAACAUGGCUUAUGCUGCUAUUACUUCUCUUAUGAGCACCAUCAAGCAAUCAAUGGAAUGUACCGGACUUACUAUUCAAAUCUUCUAUGAAAACCUUGAAUCCUUGAGAGCUAUUCUGGAGAAAUCCUGCAGUUCUAUAACAGGCGAUCUUGAGGCAUUGACAAGCUUGGAAGCUGAAAUGAUAGAGCUUGGAUGUAGCAUAGAACUUGUGGUUGACUCUGAAUCAAGAAAAGUUUCCUUAACAGAAAUUGCAAUUACACAAAGAAUAGAUUUUUGGGAACUUCGUUUUGCCCUGAAACAAGCGGUUGGACACAUUGAUUCUGCCAUGAACAAGUGGAUGGUGAUGCAGAGAAAAGGUCUAGAAGCAGAAAAUAUGACCCUCGCCAGUGCAUUUCAACAUGCCUUGGAGUAUGCGAAUAUGAUGGUUGGCCUUGAAAAUGAAUUCGAGAUGAUGCAGGAUCAACUUGCUAGAGGAGCAAGUGAAUUAGAAGUUGUCUCAAUUGUAAGGAGGGGGGUGUAUCGGCAAGACAACUUUGGCUAAAAAAAUGUAGAAUGAUCUAUUCAUUAUGUCUCACUUGACGUUCGUGCAAAAACUACUGUAUCACAAGUGUAUCGUGCGAAAAAUGUAAUUCUAGGCCUUCGUUCUUCUAUAAGUGAAAAGAUGCUUGAAUAUUAUGAGUAAGAUGAUGGAAAGCUAGCCAACCAAUUGCAGAAGCUUCUAAAAGGUAGGAGGUACCUGAUAGUCAUUGAUGUCAUAUGGACUACAGGAGCUUGGGAUGAUAUAAAACUAUGUUCAUCAGACUAGAAAAAUGGAAGCCGAAUACUCAUGACUACUCGGAAUAUGAUGGUGGAUGAAUAUACUAAUUCAGGUAAGCCUCCUUAUCAAGUGCGCCUCAUGAAUUUUGAUGAAAGUUGGAGUUUAUUGUAAAAAAAGGUCUUUGUGAAGGAUAAUUUCUCCCCUGAUUUGAACAACUUGGCAAACUAAGUGCAUUAAAAUGCAGAGGAUUGCCUCUAGCUAUUGUUGUUAUUGCUGACUUCUCUCCAAAAUCGGUUGACUUUUCUCCAAAAUCGGUGAAAAAUUAAUGAGUGGAGAAGCCAAGAACGUAAGUUAAGUGGUAAGCAUAGAUCUUGAUGUCUAAUGCAUGAGAGUGUUGGAUUUAAGUUACCAUCACCUGCCGCAUCACCUAAAAGCGUGCUUUCUGUAUUUUGCAAUCUUCCCCAAGGAUAAAUUGAUUUUUGUCAAUGAACUUAUGGAAUUGUUGGUUGUGGAGGGAUUUUUGAAGGUAGAAGAGACGAAAAACAUUGAAGAAGUUGCAGAAGAAUGUCUAAAAGAUCUUAUAGAUAGAAGUUUAAUUUUCAUUCACCAUUUGAUUUUUAUUGGAAAACCAAGGUAGCGGAAUGCAUGAUGUGACCCGUGAACUCUGCCUUAGAGAAGCUCGCAACAUAAAGUUUGUGAAUGUUAUCAACGGAAAGAAUGAUUAAAAUAGAUGUGCACAAUCCAUGCAUUUUCUCUCUUAGAGUCGAGGGUGGAUCGGUAUUAAAGAUGUCAGUACUGAAGAAAUAACUAGGUGUUAUUGUAGUGAGACCUGUUCUAUUUUCGUCUUUUAUAGAUACCUUAAGCCAAGCUUAUUACGUUUCAAGCUAGUAUGAGUACUAGAUCUUGCCUCAUUGACGUGUUUAACUUUUCCCAGUUGGAUACUUGAUUUAAUUCACUUGAGAUACCUAGCUUUGAGUCAUUA